AUGAUUGGUGAGUCAUGCAUUGGGAUAGCUCUACUUGAUUUGGAGAGCAGUGUGAACUUGCUAUCAUUCUCAGUAUAUGAACAAUUGGGAUUGGGUGAGCUGAAAAAGACCUCCAUCAUGCUACAGUUGGCUGACAGGUCAGUCAAGGUGCUGAAGGGUAUUGUUGAAGAUGUGCUAGUUAAGGUGGACAAAUUUUACUAUCCAGCGAAUUUUGUAGUUCUUGAUAUGCAGCAGCCAGUCUUCAUUAUUUACUAUGCGCCUGUCAUCCUUGGACGCCCAUUCCUUAUUGCAUCCAAUGCACUGAUCAAUUGUCGAAGUGGAGUACUAAAGCUCACAUUCGGGAAUAUGACACUAGAGAUGAAUGUGUUCAACACUUGCAAGAUGCCUAGUGGAUGCGAUGAUUCAGAGGUGCAUGUAGUUGAUAUGGUAUAUGAUUUUAAUGUUUCGGAGCUGUUAUCGGCAUUUGAUCCAGAGAGUGCAUUUGAGGAUGACUUUCCCAAACAGCCUGAGGCUCUCUUGUUGUGA